AUUUCUGCUCCAUUUGGGCCCUUGCUUGCGCUGGUCAUCGCGGCCAAUCGUGCGCCCCCAAUUAUUUCCCCUCUCUGGUGCUGCCUCGUUCUUCACCCAUCUCGGACCCUCUCUCUCUCCCUCUCUCUUUUUCCCUCUCCUCUCCCACUUCCUCUCCCUUUGAUUUAACUUUCUAUUUGAUUUUUUAUUUUUUUUUUAUUUCGUUAGUUUAUUUUUUUGUUUUUUUCUUAUUUUUUUUGGUGCCGGAAAUUGGUGGUUCCCUCCCAUUGACCGCUAGCUUCUCUGCAACCACCCCUCCCAAUUCCGGCUUAUCGUGCGUUUCUCUGCCCUUCCUCCUAUCACUCCUGUCCAACGCGCCUUAUCGUCAUCUCUACCACACCCACCUCAUCCCCCUUCCUCCCCCCCCCCCGAUCUUCGUCGACCUCCAAUCAGAGAGGUUCGCACGAUCAUGUCCGGGUUGACCCUCGGACAAGGUUUAGGGGGCGUGCGACCGACUCAAACCGCGGCAUACCCCGACGCUGGCCGCGCUGGCUAUCGCGAUCCUGCCUCACAACUCUCCGAUGAUUUCUCCUUCGACUCCCCCAUCAGCCCCCCGGACUCCGCCCGUCUCCAAGACGGCUUGCUCCAGGAUUCCUUAUUUCCCGAGUGGAAUUCCGGUACGCCACGAGGCUCCGUCGACAGCCCCGAUGAACAGCAGAAACGAGAUCCUUUGGCCACCCAGAUAUGGAAACUAUAUUCUAGAACCAAGUCGCAGCUCCCUAACCAGGAACGCAUGGAGAACCUGACCUGGCGCAUGAUGGCUGUGAGUUUGAAGCGACAAGAACUGGAACGACGGCAGCAGUUCAGACCGCCCGUGAGGAGUCUAAGCACCUCUGGCCCCAGUGGUAUCGCCCAACUGCGUCUCUCCGACCAAGACCCGACCGCCGCGGCCGCCCCCGAACACCCGACUGAUCCCAUGAGCCUCGACGACUUCAUCGUACCCUUCGAAUCCCCCUCCGAUCAGGUGUCUCCGGCCAACACCCGCGCCGAGAUGGCCGGCGCCAUCCCGAUCAAGUCCCGCCGGGAGCAGAUGGGUGGAUCGGCCACACCCGUGCCGGCGUCCCUCCCCCAACCCGCCCACGACCCGCGGAAGAACAGCGAGUUUGGCUACGUCCCGCGGCGCGUGCGGAAGACCUCCAUCGACGAGCGUCAGUUCUACGGUCUGCAGGUGCCCACCCGCAAGCGACCCGCCGAGUCCUCGCCCCAGGUGCCGCCGGUGUCCAACGCCAUGCUGGCCCACGAUCCGGAUCUGUCCGCCGGGGUGCCCGACUACGCCCUCGAUGCGUCGUCCUCGGGCUUCGCCCUCCAUCAUCCGACCCACCCCAGCCAUCACCCCUCGCCGGGUGUGCCGUUCGGCCUCGACACCUUCAACCUGGGCGAGGAUCCGAUCCUGUCAUCCGCCGGUCCCUAUGCCGCCCAGUUCACCUUCUCUCCGAGCGAGUCGCCGAUGAACUCGGGCAACGCGUUUGGCAACUUUUAUGCCAACACCCCGCUGGCCUCUUCGCUGAACUCCACCGAAUUCUUCUCGCCACCCGCGUCCGGCUACCAGUCGACGGCAUCGACCCCGCAACCGGCCUACGAUGGUGAGCAGAACAUGUACUUUGACAUGCCCUUGGAGUCGCGGUCCCACCACCAUCAGCAGCAGCCGCAGCAGCAGCGCCGCAUCCCCCCAUACAUUGCCCAGCGCUCCAACCUCUCCGCGUCCCUGCAGCCGCGCUACGUGUUCAACCAGAGCACCCCCGAGCAAACCCACCAUUCCCCCAGCUACCCGAUCCCGCAGCCCCAGCACGUCGAUCCGACCCACGUGCUGAACCCCACCGAUUUCACGCCCGGCUCCCACGCCGCUAUGUUCUCCUUCGGGGGCGAGUCGGACAACGAAGACGACGAUCCCGGCGUCGGGCGGGCCGGUCUCGCGAUGCCGACGGAUUUCGGCGACGACUCCGAGAUCGCCGCGGGGAUGCAGUGGGAUACGCAGUUUCCCGCCUCCUUCCACUCGCUCCCGGGCUUCGGACAGCAUCGCAAGCACGUGACGAUUGGGUCCGCUGACAUGAUGGACACCCCCGCGGACUGGAAUCCGGGUGGCAGCCUGGGCCGCACGCACGGCUCGGCCGCGUCGGUCAGCGAGGUGCGGAACCGUGAGCAGGAUCCGCGACGGCCGAAGAUCGCCCGCACCUCGUCCACGCCCAACGCGGCCCAGCUCCUGCGACAGAGCAUGGCCGCCGGCUCGUCCCACACGUCGCCCAACACCCCGCCCGAGUCGGGGCUCAGCAGCGCGGCCCCGUCCCGACCCGCUAGCCCCGGCGGCCCGAGGAGCGGCGGUGGUGAGCCGGGCGGCAACGGACCGACGACGUGCACCAACUGCUUCACGCAGACAACGCCGCUGUGGCGCCGCAACCCAGAAGGACAGCCGCUGUGUAACGCCUGCGGGCUGUUCCUCAAGCUGCACGGGGUCGUGCGGCCGCUCUCACUGAAGACGGACGUGAUCAAGAAACGGAACCGCAGCAGCGCCAACGCCAUCGCUGUGGGCACCUCGCGGUCCUCCAAGAAGUCGUCCCGCAAGAACUCGGUGCCGCAGGCAGCCGCGCCGUCGGCCUUGUCGAGCCGGGCUCAGAGCGCCACGACGUCGGAAUCGCCGCCGGCGGGGUCUUCGGGCCCGGCCGGACGCGCCCCCGGGGUGGUCCCCAUCGCGGCGGCGCCUCCCAAGGCCACUCCGGUGACAAGCACUCCCACCACUACCUCCACUAGCACCACCGGCACGAUUGCGUCUGCCGGAGGCCCACCGCCGAGCCAAGCCAGUCAGGCGCGGGCCGCCAUGUCGGUGGCUCCCAAACGCCCGCGGCGGCUGGAGAAGGCCACCGACGAGACGGAAGACCCCAGCAAGGCCGGCCCAUCGGGGCGGUCCAAGGUGGUGCCUCUGGCGCCGGCUAUGCCCCCGGCGGCGGUGAACCCGGCAAACCACAGCAUUGCGGGUGGUCAGGGUGCGAGUCAGGAGUGGGAGUGGCUCACCAUGAGUCUCUAAUCUUUUCCUUCUUUUCUUUUCCCUUUUCUACCCGUUUCCAUUUUCUUUUCUUCACUUCCAUCCCUUCGCAUGUUUCUGUUGACGCACGCCACGAAACGAUAGACCCUUUGAUGACCA